AUGGGUUGCGAUGGCGGAACUAUUCCUCGCCGUGAUGAACUUGUAAGAUUAAAGAAGAAGCCUGAACAGAAAGAUAAAGAUGCUGAACGGUCAUUCAAAUGGCGUAAUUGUGCAUUAUCUCAGCAACCCCUACAGGAGCCAGUAGUAGCAUGUGGUCUUGGAAGACUAUACAGCAAAAGUUCAGUUCUUGAAGCAUUAUUGGAUAAAGAAACCAAGCCAGAUUCUAUUAGUCACAUUAAGAAUUUAAAGGAUAUAAAAGACCUGUCACUAAUUAAAAAUCCAGCAUAUAAACAUACUGAGCAUACCGAUGGUGCGGUUGGUGAAGGAAGUGCUCCUUAUAUUUGCCCUAUCAGUGGGUUGGAGAUGACUGGUAAAUUUCGUUUUAUAUUUCUAUGGAGCUGCGGGUGUGUCCUUGCUGAGAGAGCUUUAAAAGAAGUGAAACAAAAUCUUUGCCAUAUGUGUCAACAACCAUUUACAGACAAUGAUGUUGUGGUUUUAAAUGGAACAGAUGAAGACAUUGAAAAUCUUAAAGAAAAAAUGACAGUAAGAGUUACCAGUAGAAAAACUAAAAAGGUGAAAGGAGAAAAGGUUGCAAUCAAGACAGAGCCAGAAGUGUCAACUUCCCAAGAACCACAACCCUGCAGUAGUAAACAUGAUGAUAAGAUUCAAGUAAAAAAAGAAACACCAGAUACAAUUCCACUUUCUUUGCCAAAGUUCAACCCAAACAAACAGGCAAGAGGUCACUUUGGAUCUUAUAAACGAGCUUAUUCAAAUGGUCUCCAACAGGACCCAUCAUAUAAGAAAACAAAGAAAGAGUACAGUAUUGCUAAUGAUCCACAGUCGAGUGAAGUAUACAAAUCGUUAUUUACCUCACAUAAAAGUGAGGAGGAACAGAAGAGGGCUCAUUGGGUUACAUAUAACCCAUUUUAUAAUUAA